GGCUUAAUUCACAAGCCACCAUUUUGUGCAAUAAGGCUGCUUCUCUUUUCCCCCUCUCUCAGAGCGCAAGUCUUGUUCGUUCCUUCUCCCGUGCAUUCCAACCUUCUCCGGCUGCCCUAAAUUCACCGUCGCCUGAACGCAGGUUAUUUGAUUCAAAUUUUGAGUGCUGCUACAACAGUUUGGAUACUUAUAUUCCUGAUUUCCGUAAUGGCCGCGAGAAUCCUUGCAAACAUAAUUAUUAUGGGUUCUGGAAUAAUGGUAAGGGCCUUUGCCCAGGCAUAUCGUCAAGCUCUCACAAAUGCGUCAAAAAAUGGUGUUGCUCAAGAAGCAGUACAGAACAUUAAAAGAGCAAGCAAAACUAUGACAGAAGCGGAGGCUAGGCAAGUUCUUGGGGUUGCAGAGCAUUCAUCAUGGGAAGACGUGUUGCAGAAAUAUGACAACUUGUUUGAGAGUAAUGCUAAAAAUGGUAGUUUUUAUCUUCAAUCAAAAGUUCAUAGAGCGAAAGAAUGUUUAGAAUCACUUUACCAAAGUAAAACAGAGGGCCCAAAUUAGUUCUUUGAAGUUCCUGCAGCAUUGCAGCUAGAGACAUUCUGGGCUCUUGUAAGGAGUAUUUUCAGUAGAAGGGAAUUGCGCUCGACCACCAGAUGUUUUCCUGCAAUGUUACAUAUUCGAUCCUCAAUUUUGGCCCGUGGGAGAGAAGCAUUUAAAUUAAUCAUUGGUGUAGAUUGCAUCACUCUGCCUUUUAUGUCAUUUUGCUUAGAAGCACACUUCGUAUGGUUACGAAAUGAAAUAAAUUGUGUAAUUCGGCUAUAUAUAAUUUCUUCAUGUUGGGAAAUGGGAACUGCUCCACAGGUAUAAACAUUUAAAACUUUGAUACUCCCUCCAUUUUACCUUGUUUGUCGUAGUUUGACUUGGGCGUAGUCUAAUAAAGAAUGGAAUGCUUCUGAAA